CGCGUCGGGCCGGGCGGGAAGUGAGCUCAGGCGCACAGGAAAUCCCGCCCGCGCCGCGGCCUGUGUUUGCGCUGCGGGCAGAGAAAGGAGCGGAGCGCCUGCAGCGGCCCAGCCGAGCCUGCCGCACGCAACGGGGCCGAGCCAUGUCUGACCAGGAAGCAAAACCUUCAGCUGAGGACUUAGGAGAUAAGAAAGAAGGGGAGUACAUUAAACUCAAAGUCAUUGGGCAGGACAGCAGUGAAAUUCACUUCAAGGUGAAAAUGACAACACACCUCAAGAAACUCAAAGAAUCAUACUGUCAAAGACAGGGUGUUCCAAUGAAUUCACUCAGGUUCCUCUUCGAGGGUCAGAGAAUUACUGAUAAUCAUACCCCUAAGGAGCUGGGGAUGGAGGAGGAAGAUGUGAUUGAAGUUUAUCAGGAACAGACGGGGGGUCACUCAACAGUUUAGAUCCUUCUGUUUGUUUUCUUCCCCCUUAAUCCUUUUUUAUUUUUAAAUAAUAGUUCUUUUGUAAUGUGGUGUUCAACACUGAAUUGAAACUGGCACCCCAUCUCUGGGAGUUUAUUUUCAAGCGUCUGGUAUUUUGAAUUCUCGUGCUCAUUAUACACUAUUGUUUCUGUUUUCAUUGUGCUGAACUUUUGUGAUCCAGCUGCAGCCUUGCUCCCCUCUUCCCUUCUACCUUCCCCUUUAGAAAUACAUGUACACACAUGCAUUUGUAUGUUCACUAGGUUCGUGCAUUUCAGGCACGAAGGCUGUAAGAUCUGCCAGGUGGGCGAGUGUUCUUAAUGACUUCCAUAUCUGCCCUGAAGUUUUGAUGUGUGACUGUUUCACUCCUGGACUAUAACUUUCAGUGCGAGAUGAAGUUUUUCAGAGAACUAAACUGUGGAGAAAUUGUGUAUCCAUAACUCAGAGCUAUUUUGCUUAAAUUGUGCUGAUGGCCCAACGAAGAAGAUUACCAAGUUGGAAAUGGAAAAGCUAGAACUGUUGUCAUCUGUACCUUGCUCCAGAGAUGGCUUUGCUGAAGACAUAAAAUUGAAAACCCUAAUGAUUCUUAAAUCUUGCCAGAAGAGCCCAGAAGCAUUUUAACUUCAUAUAGCAAUUAGUACACGCAGGUAUUCAUGCAAGAAUGUUCACAGCAGACAACUGGUGUUACUUUGACACUCUUGUUUGUACCUUUUGGCCUGGGACGUGGGUUUUGAAUGGACAUUGUCUGUACCAGCUUCAUUUAAAAUAAACAAGAAAAACAAUUUUAUAAACAA